GAAUAGGACCAGGACCAGGCAGGGCUGGGGGGAACGGUAAUGCUAAUGGUAAUGGGUGGAGAAUCAUCAGCGAAACGUAAACAAACGACGCCCACGAUCCAGCCGAAGCGAGCCCGAGGGGAGCCGAAGUCCUUGGUGGGUUCGGUCGAAGCCGUGGACCCCAUCCGACAACGGCAUUAACUUAUCCACGGGCAGUGCGUGCGCUUCGCUAAUGCAGAGUGCCAUGGAAGUUUCCAGUUCGACGUCACCCCCCACCUGGGACUUCCAGAGCACACAGCUGUGGUCCUCCGCCGCCACCUCCGACUCCACGGCCGAAGCCCAAACCCAGUCCGGGGUGGGCAGUCCCAGUGCUGGCCACAUCCUGUGGCUGGCGAUCAACGCCGUGCUCUUCGUGCUCAUCCUCGGAGGCAACAUCCUCACCAUCGUGGCCGUGCGCACCUGCCGACACCUACGCUCGGUCAUCUCCAACCUGUUCAUCCUCUCCCUGGCCGUCUCCGACUUUUGCGUGGGCCUCGCCCUGCCCUACCACCUGGUCUUCUACAUGGGAUUGGAUAUCGGGGCCAUGCGGGCACCCUGCCUGCUGCGCUUCUUCCUCCUCAUCUGCGCCUGUUGCGUGUCCAUGCUGACCCUGAUCUCCAUAGCCGUGGACCGGUACAUAGCCGUGGUCUAUGCCCUGCACUACCGGAGAUACAUGACCCGACGGGUGGCCUACAGCAUCAUCAUCUGCAAUUGGAGCCUGGGCGCCCUGGUGGCGCUGCUACCCGUCUUCUGGAAUAGGUGGCCCGAGGCGCAAGCCUGCGAGUUCGACGAAGUGCUCGCCCCGGGCUACAUUGCCGGAGUCAUCACCCCAGGCUUCAUAGUCAUAUGGAUCUGCAUGCUCCUGGUGUACUGGCGGAUCAUGCGGGAGGCCUCGAAACAGGCCCAGCGCCUGCGCCAAUCGGUGGUCUACAACACGGACGAGGCUACCACCAUGCGGAGCCUGCUGCUCCAUCCGGACUGGAAGAGUGUCCAGAUCGUGGUCUUCAUCAUGGGCUGCUUCACGCUCUGCUGGCUACCGUACUUCUGCGUGGCCAUCGCCCAGCUGUUCAGCAUCUGCCAGAGCAGCUCCAUGAUCUACAAGACCACCUUUUCCCUGGCCAUCGCCAACUCUGCCCUCAAUCCGAUCAUCUACUCUUGGAAGAACUCCGGCUUCCGGCGGGCCUUCGCACAGACGCUCUGCUGCCGGACGGCGCGGCAGGGCGAGGAGCAGCUGCCAGGGGACAGCAAGCACCGCAUGGAGGCCACCUCGUCCUCCACGGGCUACCAUCAGCAGCAGGAGAAGCAGCCGAAGCAGCAGAAGCAACAGGGGUAG